AGGGAAGGGGGGUGACAGGCCCCGGCUCAGCACCUCGGAGAGCUCCCUCCCCUGCCUUGUUUUGCUCCGGAAUCGCCGCCGGGGGAGGGAGCCAGGGGGCCCGGCAACAAGCGCAGCGGCUGGAGGAUGGCCGUGGAGGGGUCGAGGGGCCCCGGCGGGCAGAGGGCCCAGCCGUGAUCCGGCGGGGAGGCCGGGACGCCGAGCGGGUGGCGGGGGGCAGCUAGAGGCGGCAGCAGUGGCUACACAUCUGGAUGGAAGCGAGCUUUGUCCAGACCACCAUGGCUCUGGGGUUGUCCUCCAAGAAAGCGUCUUCCCGCAAUGUGGCCGUGGAGCGUAGGAACUUGAUCACCGUGUGCAGGUUCUCUGUGAAAACACUGCUGGAGAAGUACACGGCAGAGCCCAUCGAUGACUCAUCUGAGGAGUUCGUGAAUUUUGCAGCCAUCUUAGAGCAGAUCCUCAGCCACCGCUUCAAAGGUCCGGUGAGCUGGUUCAGCUCAGACGGGCAGCGGGGCUUCUGGGACUACAUCCGCCUGGCCUGCAGCAAAGUGCCCAACAACUGCGUAAGCAGCAUCGAGAAUAUGGAGAACAUCAGCACUGCCCGAGCCAAGGGCCGGGCAUGGAUCCGGGUGGCACUGAUGGAGAAGCGCAUGUCGGAAUACAUCACCACAGCCCUACGGGACACCCGGACCACCAGACGUUUCUAUGACUCGGGAGCUAUCAUGCUGCGGGAGGAAGCCACGGUCCUCACCGGGAUGCUGAUCGGACUGAGCGCCAUAGACUUCAGCUUCUGCCUAAAGGGCGAAGUGCUGGACGGGAAGACCCCCGUAGUCAUCGAUUACACGCCCUACCUAAAGUUCACCCAGAGCUACGACUACCUGACGGACGAGGAGGAGCGGCACAGCGCCGAGAGCAGCACGAGCGAGGACAACUCGCCCGAGCACCCGUACCUGCCGCUCGUCACCGACGAGGACAGCUGGUACAGCAAGUGGCACAAGAUGGAACAGAAGUUCCGCAUUGUCUACGCGCAGAAGGGCUACCUGGAGGAGCUGGUGCGUCUGCGCGAGUCGCAGCUGAAGGACCUGGAGGCGGAGAACCGGCGGCUGCAGCUGCAGCUGGAGGAGGCGGCGGCGCAGAACCAGCGGGAGAAGCGGGAGCUGGAAGGCGUGAUCCUGGAGCUGCAGGAGCAGCUGACAGGUCUGAUCCCCGGUGACCAUGCUCCCCUGGCCCAGGGUUCCAAGGACCUCACCACCCGCCUGGUCAACCAAUGGCCGUCACUGGGAACACUCAAUGGGGCCGAGGGCGCCAACAACGCUAAGCUCUACCGGAGACACAGUUUCAUGAGCACGGAGCCGCUGUCGGCCGAAGCCAGUCUGAGCUCGGACUCCCAGCGCCUGGGAGAGGGCAAGCGGGACGAGGAGCCCUGGGGCCCCAUUGGAAGCUCAGAGCCAAAUUAGUGGCUCCCUUCAAGAGAAUGUCCAGGACUUCAACGCAUGCAUUUUGUGUUGCCCUCCCCCUCUGGCUUCACCUUGGUUUCCCACCCUAGUUUUCCCAGUGCCUGGACUACCUGUCUUUUCUUUCUAAAAACCACACUGUACUGGAUGACCCUAGAUCUUCUUUGACACAAGGCAGGCUAUGGACAUGGAACCCCGCCACACUGUCUGUGAUUGUCCGUGUGUCUGUCUCCCCACCAGACUGUGAGCUCCGUGAGGGCAGGGACUGUGUCUCGUCCGUUCUCUGUAUCCCCCGUGCUUGGAAUGGAACAAGUGCUCACCGUGUGUUUAAUAAAUGGACAAAGAGAGAGGAUGAA